AUGGCUAUUAAGAGUGUUCCCUCAGAGAUCAUAGAAGGAAAAGGAGAAUAGUUGCUUGAAAUCCUCAAACAUAAUCCUGAUUCUAUUUUAGACACGUUAACCUCUCGGAGGCUGAUUUCGGAGGAAGAGGAUGAGACCCUGGGGAAUGUUACAGAUCCCCUGGAAAAAAGUCGGAAGCUGUUAAUUUUGAUACAGAAAAAGGGAGAGGUCAGCUGUCAGCAUUUUCUCAAGUGUUUACUUAGUACUUUUCCAGAGUCAGCAACCAUCUGGGACUUAAGGCACGAAUUUUUAAAGCAUGAAACUAUAGCACCUUCUCAGUCUAUGGGGGUAAGCGAGAAUUCAGAAGAUGCUUUUUGCCCUGGAAAGAAACAGCCUGAAGGGCCAAAUCCCGAGAUCUCAGAGUCCUUCAAAAAGAAAGCACACUUGGACUUGGAAACCUCUGAGUUUUUGAGGGACAAGAAAACUAGUUACAGGGAAACUGCUUUGUCCUCCAGGGAGAAUGAGAAGGGAUAUGACACUCCAAAAGUCACAUCAUAUUUAGUUGAGAAAGUUGAAUAUGAAGUUCCAGCAACUAUGCCGUGUUUAAGAGAUGGAAAGAGAUACGAGGAGCCAGAUGAUUCUUUAUACUUAGGAAAAGAGGAAUAUCUAGAAUAUAUUGGAUACCUUGAGGAUGCAGAAACCACAAUGAAAAAGGAUUAUGAUGAUCCAGAGCACAGCGUAGAUGAUGGCAAAGAGGACUCUGAGUACUCAGUAACCACAGAGUUCUCUGGUGAAGAACAGAGUUACAAGGAUUCAGAAACCAGCAUUUCAUUGGAGGAGGAGGAGAAGAAAAAUAUGGGAGAAAGAAAACAAGUGUUUAAAGAUGUCCUGUCAUGUUUGAACAUGUAUAGAAGCAGAAAGCUUCUGCCAGAUUUUGUGAAACAAAUCUCCUUAGAUCGAGGACAUAGGUGGACAACGGAGACUCCAGGAGACUUGGCCUAGAAUUUCCUGAUGAAAGUUCAAGCACUAGAUGUAACAGCCAGAGAUUCAAUCCUCAGGCAGAAGGUUCUGGAUAAAGAUGGUAAAGGGGAAUUGCUGACUGGAGUGGAGAAUUUGGAAAUUGGUGAGAUUCAAACCAUUAACCCCCUUGAUGUCCUUUGUGCCUCCAUGCUGUGUUCAGACAGCUCUUUGCAAUGUGAAGUCAUGUCAAACAUGUAUCAAUGCCAGUUUGCUCUUCCUCUGCUGCUGCCAGAUGCAGAAAAGAACAAAAGCAUCUUAAUGCUGGGGGCCGUGAAGGACAUUGUGAAGAAGCAGUCAGCACAGUACUCAGGAGGCCCUGCAGAGGAUACAGAACAGUUUCUGACUCUGAUGAAGAUUCCUGUUACCUCUUUUGUCCGCCUAUGAUACUGUAGCUUCUCCAAGUCCAGAAUCCUCAACACACUGCUCAGCCCUGCCCAACUGAAAACACCCAAAAUUUUUCUCCAUCAGGAUUUGCCUGUUCUGAUGCUUCCCUGGCAAAUCUCUGAUGGCCUAGUUGAGAUAACAUGGUAUUUUCCUGACAGUGAUGAUCUAAAGGAAAACCCUAGUUUUUUCCAAAAGCCUUUUGUAGUGGCCAGCCUUCAUGGAGAUCUAGAAAGUUUUUGGACACAGUUUGGUUUUUUGAUGGAAGUUUCCUCAGCUGUUCUUUUUCUUUUUUUUUUUUUUUUUUUUUUCACUGACUGCCUAGGUGAGAAGGAAUGGGACCUGCUAAUAUUUUUAGGAAAAGCAGCCAUUGAAAGAUCUUACUUUGUUCUUAGUCCCCAAGCCAGGGAGAGUGAAGAGGCUCAGAUCUUCCAGAGGAUCCUGAAAUUGAAACCAACACAGCUACUGUUUUGGGGGGAGGAAACUGGGGAUAGAAGGAGGAACAUGGAAGGCCUUCAAGCUGCCUUCCAGGAAGUGAUGUCUUCUUCACUCAGAUGUGUGUCCAUGGAGGACAUGGCCUACCUGGCUGGGGAGUUGCGGAUUCAGGUAGACCAAGACUUUGAGAACGCUCAAGGACUUCAAGUUUUCACUAGUGAAAAUAUGGCUGGAACAGCUGAAGGUGAAGGACAACAAAGACAUAGUCAGCCAGAAAGCUCAUCUGAAAGCCAAGCUCAGAUGCUCAUAAGAGAACCUGGGGACAGAUGUGCAGUCAGCCAGAAUCUUCAGAAUUUUCACCAUAUCCCAGUAUUUAUGCCUCAUCUAGAAAACUCCUGGCCCUUACCAACCAGAUGUGGAGGUAACUUUAACCAUGUUUCCUUGAAAGCCUCCUGGGUGGGCUCCCACUUUGGGUCAGAGCAGAGGUCUAAAUGGUUCUGUCAUUUGUCCUUUCAGAAUACAACGGGCAAAAGUUUUGGUAUUCAAUACUUCCAACCCCAGAGAUUUUAUUCAGGUGAAAGAUGCAUGAAAUUUUCAAGAAUGGCUUGGGGACAUCACUUGAAAGGAACAUUUGGGAGGCCCCCAAGACCCAUUUCUCAGUGUGUACAGACCUGUCCUAAGAGACCACAAACAAUAGGAACCCUUGGGAGUUCUGGGUCAUUUAUUCCUGAGGUUGGUCACUUCCAUUCCCUGGGUUCAAAGCCAGCAGGAGCAGUUGGAAAGCCACAGCCUUGGCAAGCCUGUUCCCAGGGAGCACAACUGACUGAAGCAACUGGAAAAUUUAUGAGAACAACAUCCCAUAUUGAAGACCCUCACCCUCAAUCCUUCCGUCCAGCAGGAGCCAUACAAAAACCAGUAAGAUCUGCCUCGCAGCAACGAGCCCAGCUGAACACACCAGGUGGGUCUUCAAAUCUCAUGUCCAAGAGCAAACUUUUACCCAGCUCUAAGUUCAAAUCCAAUCAGCCCAAGCUAUCCCAGGUCAAGCUCCCUGGAACUAAAUCCUCCCAACCUGUGCCCUCUCAACUUAAACCUUCUCAGACAAAACCUCCUCGGCCCCAGCCUUUCCAAUCUAAAGCUUAUCCAUCUAAACUCACUCAGUCCCAGCACUCCCAAGCUAAGCCCUCACCACCUAUACCCACUCAGUCCCAGCCUUCCCAAUCUAAACCCUCUCCUCAAUCUAAAUCAUUCCAGACCAAUGCUUCACAGGCCAAGGCAUAUCACCCAAGAGCAGGGCCCAAAAGGGUAGGGAAGCAUUAA